AUGACACGCUGCGCCGAGCGCAGCCGCGCCGGCGACUCGCAGGCAGACACCCUGGCCAAGUGCCGAAGGAAAGCAAACGGCAUCGUGGCUGAAUCUGCCGCCAACCUCGAGGCCAAGCACAACAGUUUGCAACGGCGAGCGACUGAUGGGGACAUUGGGGACUGCAAGCUUUGGGCAGGUACGUAUUCGUUUGCGCUUCUCUUCGCAAGGCUCCGUUUCGCCGCGUAUACCAAGUCUCGGGCCUGGCUACGGUGGGUGGCCAGAGGUGCAAAAACGUGCAAAGGUCGACGGCACGGCGAGGACGUCGCUGAGAACAGGACGAUUCGCGUCGGCAAACGCCGGGAGGACCAGGGCGAAAAACAGUCCCGUCCUUGA